AUGCUGCGUUCGUGCUCCGCUAGACUGUCUGGCCUGGCCAGGCCACACCUGCGCUCCCCCGCUGCGUCUUGGAGGCAUCCACAUGCCGUCCCCAGGAAAACUACAGUCCGGGCAUUCGCAGCUGUCGCCCCUCCCCCACAAGCCCUGGAGCCAACAGAAUUGGAUAAUGUCACAACGCUCCCCAAUGGCAUCCGCGUCGCCUCCGAGGCGCUGCCAGGGGCUUUCUCGGGUGUGGGAAUCUACAUCGAUGCAGGGUCGCGCUAUGAGACGGACUACCUGCGCGGCGCCAGCCACAUCAUGGAUCGCCUGGCUUUCAAGUCGACGAGCAAGCACACGGCCGACGAAAUGUUGGAGCAGGUCGAGCAGCUCGGCGGCAAUAUCCAAUGCGCCUCGUCGCGCGAGUCCAUGAUGUAUCAAGCUGCCACAUUUAAUACCGCCAUACCCACCACCAUCGGCCUGUUGGCCGACACCAUCCGCGACCCGAAGCUCACCGACGCCGAGAUCUCACAGCAGCUUGAGACGGCGACCUACGAGGUCAACGAGAUAUGGUCCAAGCCUGACCUAAUCCUGCCCGAGCUUGUCCACACUGCGGCUUUCAAGGAUAACACCCUCGGCAACCCUUUAUUGUGUCCCCAGGAGCGCCUUGAUGCCAUCGAUCGCCAUGUCAUUAUGGCCUACAGGGACGCCUUCUACCGUCCCGAGAGGAUGGUUGUCGCAUUUGCUGGCAUCCCACAUGCUGACGCCGUAAAUCUGACAACCCAGUACUUUGGCGACAUGAAGGGCUCAUCCAUUCCCCAGCCCGAAAGCCCAACCGAUUCUGUCUCUAUCCAGCAGCAACAGCAGCAGCAGGCUCAUGGGUCCUCGACCAUGUCGCCGCACUCGCCACCACCGUCUGGUCUUCUUUCUAAAAUACCUUUCUUCAAAAGCCUAUCUACCUCGGCUCCCCAUAAUGCUUCCGUCACUACGCCGUCUGCGCUUGGAACCAAUCCUAUCGCCCCCUUAUCUCAUUCUCCGUCCCACUACACCGGCGGAUUUCUCUCUCUUGCCCCCCAACCGCCGCCCCUAAACCCAAAUCUGCCGACCUUUACGCACAUUCAGCUAGCCCUCGAGGGCCUUCCGAUUCUAGAUGACGACAUCUACGCCCUGGCCUGUUUGCAGACCCUUCUGGGAGGUGGUGGAUCCUUCUCUGCUGGCGGUCCGGGCAAGGGUAUGUACUCGCGGCUCUACACCAACGUUCUCAACCAGCACGGUUGGGUCGAGUCGUGUGUCGCCUUCAACCAUUCCUACACAGACUCGGGACUCUUUGGCGUUGCGGCCUCGUGCUACCCCGGCCGCACCGGCAAGAUGCUCGAGGUCAUUUGCCGUGAGCUCCGCGCCUUGACUCUCGACUCGGGCUUUCACUCCCUGGGCAAGGUGGAAGUUGAGCGUGCAAAGAAUCAGCUCAGGUCCAGCCUCCUCAUGAAUCUCGAAAGUCGCAUGAUCGAGCUCGAGGACCUCGGGCGCCAGGUCCAGGUUCAUGGCCGCAAAGUGCCCGUACACGAGAUGACGCGGCGCAUCAAUGCCCUUACCGUUGACGACCUGCGCGCCGUUGCCCGCCGAAUAGUCGGCGGCCUGGUCGAGAACCCGGGCAAGGGCAGCGGCGCCCCCACUGUUGUUCUCCAAGAGGCUUCGGUGGCCGGCAUCACCACAAAGCAGAUGACCUGGGACGAGAUCCAGAACACCAUCUAUCAGUGGCACAUUGGAAAGCGCUGA